UCGCUUCUUGUUUUCGGAUGGGAAGAAGGAUGAUACCUCUCCACAAGAGGGCGUCGUCCCGUGGCGAAAAUCAGGAGUUUUGACGCCGGUAAUGAUUUGCUAGAAUCAGAAUCAUCAUGGACAACGCUGGAGAACUGGAUCGUCCGGACUUGGCGGCGGAAACGAGCUUUGACGUCCUGCUUUAUAUAUACGACCUGUCCAAAGAACUCGCCAAGUCUUUCAAAAAAAUACUUAAAGGUAAACCACUUCCUGGAAUUUGGCAUACUGGAUUAGUAGCUUAUGGAAGAGAAUACUAUUUCUGCUCAACUGGCAUAGAAAGCUGUAGGCCGGGAGAAACUAUUUUAGGAGAGCCAGAUCAAAUAUUAACAUUAGGGAAAACUGAGCUGCCUUAUAGUGUAUUUCUAGAAUACAUCUUUGCACUUGGAGAAAGUACAUACAGGCCCGGAUCCUAUCACUUGUUGGAGCAUAAUUGCAACACCUUCAGCCAGGAAGUUUGUCAAUUUGUGAUUGGCUGUUCCAUUCCAUCCGAAAUAAGAGAACUGCCGCAAGAAAUUUCUCAAAAUAAGAAUUUAAGCAGUGCUCUCAAAGAAUACUUUCACAAGCUAAGCUUGAGAGCUGAAGGCUCUCGAGGUAUCAGCUUUGGUCUAACUGGCCGAGUCGCUGAAGAACAAAGAAACGGUCACUCAAACCCAGAACCUAAACCUCAUAACGGUGCACGAAGAAAAAAAUCCAACGCCAUGUCUUCAAGUAAACAAGAUCAAUCGACUUCUGGUCAACAGCCGAUGGUCAAUGGGAAACAGACUGAGGCAGCCGAAGGGUCAUCGCAAAAAUCCCAAAAAUCACAGAAGCAAGAAUCACCCUCCCAACAAGCUCAGACGCCAACUGAAGUUCCAAAACAGCCAGAGACAGUUGAAGCAGUGCCAAACAAUGCCAAUGACUCACAGAGUAAUGGUAGUGCGACCAGUGAAGCUCAAAGUGGUAACCAGGCAAACGAUGCAGCUUCGAAUGAGUCUGCAGCAAGGAGAUUGGAUGAUGAGGAGGAGGAUGGAGCCGUAUCUGCUUUCAAUCCUAGAAGAAGCCGAAGAUACGAAGAUCCCCCAAUAACAUUUCCUGAUGUAGAUGGUCCUGGUUUGCUUAAAAGACUUUUAGAAAUUAUGGAUGGUAAGCUUAAUCCACAGGAAGUGAAAGAUUUCCAUGAAAUAAUGGAGUAUUUAACAACAGAAGGAGGAGCUUGGGCACUGGGAACAACACAUCUAGAAGCAAUAGGUAGGCUUCUGAAUGACCGAACUCUUCCACCUGACGUUCCAAUUUUAUGUUUAAAAGUAAUGCAGGCAGCAUCAUUGAAGGAAGAUGUCAUUCUUCUAUUGCACCAAGACAGAGAAAAACAUUAUCUCAUGAGUUAUUUUAAUAGGGUCGAAUUUUUACCCGUCGAGGAACAAACCGAAACCUGCGGAUUGUUGUGCAAUCUGUGUUCCAAUCCCAGCAGUUAUGAUUGGCUGACGUACAUAUCUGAAUGGGAUGAAGAAGGAAAACCUUGCAACAACAGCCGCGUGACCGUCAGAGUUGCCGUCCAUGGACUACUGGCAGAAAAACCAGAAACUAGAGAAAGGGGAUGUGCUCUUGUCUAUAAUCUAGCACUGAAAAAAGAACUUUUCGAUGAUAUUGCUACAGAACUAGCCAUGGCUGUUCUCCAGUUUCUCCAAGAACAAGUGCCUGAGGAACUACUUUUCCAAAGUCUCACAGCAUUGUUGAGGUUCAUGUUCAUUAGUUAUAAUGAGAUUCCUGCACUCAUGAAGAUGCUUGGACCUGAUGUUGAUGCUUUCAGAGGAGCUUCUAAAAGAAUAGAUCCAAUUAUUGAAGAAAUCCAGAUGAAGCUGAAAGUUUCCCGCGCUUAACUAUUUUUAUCCCACUUUUUAUCGUUUUUUGCAAUAAAUGUUGUUUAAAAAAAUUAA